ACACAUGUCGCAGUGAAGGACCUCUAUCCAAAAGAAGUGUAGAGGCCGAGCGUUCAUUGGCUCGAGCAAUGUUGCUUUUUGUCCGCACUCGUCGCUCUUUUCGGAGACGGUAUGAGAUGCUUUUCUGUUCGUGCUGAUGGCGAUCAGGCUGGCUGCGCAACUGGACGAUCGGUCAUUAGCGUAGGCCACACCGGAAUGAUGAUUUACUGACAAGGUUUGCAGAUAUCUUCAUUUGGCGUGGGUUUGGUGGUUGCAGGGUUUACGGUUCUGAGCAAGAGAGUUUCACGUGGUUUUGGAACGCGGCACUGGGAAUUUUGAGGGAGUUAGUGGAUGGUGUGCGGCUUCCGGAGAGAAAUGAAGCUCGAGUAGGUGCUCGGGGGGUUUAUGUUGUUUGUAGGAAUACAGGCAGGGAUAGUGGAGAGGGAAUACGGAGCAAUGGCACUCUCCCUGCCGCGGUGCCCUCCUCCGGAGCCUCUGCACCAGCUCGCCGGCAUUCGGGAACGCAAGUUGUCCACGCACCGGCUCCGAAGGUCAACUCGCGCCAUCCAUGAUUCGACAGAAACUAGUUCAAUGCAACUGGCUUCAACCGAUCACAUGAAAAUUCCAAGCACAGAGCCAUGUUGUAAAAUUUCUCCGUUAGUCAUAGUUCCGAGGAAAUCUGCGCGGCGGUCAUCUCGGCUGCGAGCCAAGAAGAGUAGGGGAGACGUGGAGGUAGACUCAGCCGAUAUAGAGGCAGCAGAAUGGGUGAGUAGGACUUUGGCCAACAAUGGAGUUGUGGAGAUUGAUCCAUUGACAAUAACGGAGCAGAUUAGGCUUGCUCAGAAAACAGGCUCCACGAAUGCUCAAAACCCUGUGGCAAGUCUCACUACCUCUUCAGAGGUUCCUAACUAUUUUUCUCCAACCGGUGGACUUCCCAAGGUGCCAUUUGGAGUUGCUCUGGCUGCAGGUUCUGCCGUUAUUUUGGCUGCCGUCGCGGUACUGGUGCGAAUUUUGAACACACAAGGAGCUGCAGCUGGAGCUGGUGUCGUCUCCAACCAAACCGAUUCGGAGGGAAAUCGUUUGCGUAGUAGCCUUGCUGGUGAACCUUUGAACGAAGAUUUCGCUUCCGAUCAGUCGUCGAAGGGCUCGAGUGCUCCUGCUUUAAUGAAAGAUAAACGAUUAGCAGCGGAUGUGUUGGCAAGCGCAGCAGGAUUGUCACCUGGAGCGGCAAUUUUAACCCCGUAUGACCUUCAACCUGGCACAGUAAAAGCAGGCCUUAAUCGUUCCUCAAUGCCCCUGCCUCCAACUCUUUCAAAAGCUGGGUUAAGAAGUCAAACGUCGGGCCGUAAUCAACAAGGGGAGACCUCUACUCGAGAUUCUGCUACUCCUUUUUUCUCUUCAGACAGCUCUAAUGUGGCUUCUUCAACCCCAACUUCUUCUGUUUCAAGGUGGCUAGAAGGGAAAUAUAAGUCAGUCUCUCCUUUCUUUCCUUCUGAUCGGGUAGCUGCAGUAACUAGUUACGAAAAUGCGUCUUCCUCAGAGAGUGUCACUCCUUCCUUUCCGGACGAGCAGGGUAGUGUACCUCGUUAUGAAAGUUUGGUGGAAAAUGUUCCUCCAUUCUUUCCCGAUGAGCAGGGCAGUGAACAUCGUGACAGAUCGUUGGAAAAUGCUACCUCAUUCUUUCCCGAUGAACAGGGCCGUCAUUCUGACAGUGGGCCUUCCUGGGAGGCUGUUACUCCGUUCUUUCCAGACGACCAAAUUAGUAAGCGGCAGAAUGGAUCAUCCUUGGACACUGUCACUCCCUUCUUUGCUGAUGAGCAGGGCAGAGAUUCAGCAGGCGCAUCACAAUUAAAUACCAGUUUUAAGUAUGAGAAUGUGAUCCCGUUCUUCCCGGACGAUCGGGUUGAAAGAUUAGGACCUUCACAAUCUGGAGAGCAAUUCGGUAGAUGGAAUGGGGGAAGCAGCGGAGAACUCAGAAUAUUUUUGACUGAGGCCGAAGAAGAGAGGGUAAAUGGCCAGUAUCAAGCGCUGCAGGCUGCUUUCCCAGUUGUAGCUAUCGGGGCGGGUGCUUUAGGUGCUCUUGCUGGAGUGGAUGGAGCAUUAGAAAUGGUGGGGCUCACUGCGACUGCCAGCUUCAUUUCAUAUGAGUUGCUUUGGGCAAAUAAAAGGAAAGAGCUUGUGGAGGAGCUGUCCAAGAUCACCGACCACAGGGGAUUCCUUAGGUGGCUCCGAAAGCGGAAGAUCGUGAAGGAUGAGUGCUAAAGCAUUGACCAUGCCUCGAGAAAGUGAUUCCUUGCACCAUGAUUGAUCAUCAGAAUAGUUGGAUUACCCCCUGUAUAAUGGCGGCACAUAGCAGUUGGAUAGCGAACCCUGGUUUGAAAAUGAUGCACCUUCUCUAUAAUGCAAAGUGAGUGUAUAUUACAUAGACUAAUCAUGUACACAUGAAGGGUAAUGAAAACUGUUGAUUAGGAGUUGUGCCGAAAGUUUCUGCAAGUAUUGCAGUGCAAGUGGAACUUAUUGUGGGUCAUUCAGAGGAGCCCUAGAUAGGGUAAUAUUUUAUAUGCAACUGUCAUGUAUUGUAUCAUGUUUGGUUUGGGAUUUGAAUACAUAUAUCAGAGGGUUUAAUGCACAAGUGUUCAUUGUGCACCCUCGGUAUUAAGUAUCGAAA